GCUAGUCUUUUUAAGUGUGUAAUAGCACAUCUAAGCGAGUGUGCAUGAGCGAUAAAGAAUCAUCUCUUAAAAGAAAUUAUUAUCGAUCAGAAAACAAAAUAACAUUAUCACGGUUCGGAAAUGCAGCCGAGGAUUAUAGAUGGUUUUUGGACGAUAGCAGAGCUAGCCAAAUCGCUACGUCGGGAGAAUUUAUUCAUCGCAAAUGAACAAAGAAGCUUUCUCGCUUUACACGAAACAUAUAAAAAAGCUUCCAGCGAAAUCUUACAGAUUACAUGGAUAUGCGCCCAUCAGCGUCAAAUUUUAAAUAAUUUAAUUGUAGCCAAGUCAGAUUGUGGCCCUACAGUAUCAUGUCAGCGGGUGAAUAUGUUAAAACAUACCAAAUUCGUCGAUAUACACCAGUGCAAGGUCAUAAAAUAUGCGCAUAUCAUGGGAUUUGUUGAACUGAUCAAAUUAGUAUACGAGUCUCCUAGAGCAUUGGCACACUGCUUGACAUUAGCCGAUCGUGUUGAGGAUACAAUGUUUGACAUGGAUACAUUAACUGCGUUUAUUGUCAAUGGUCUUUACGGUAGCAUAAUCCAUCCCAAAGAUGCUGAGUUAAUGAUCAAAUUGCUCCAGGCACUGAUAGAAAUGCAGAUCGUCACCAGUGACAAUCCACGAAGAUUACUACGAGCAGGAUCGUCUUCUUUUGCUAGGCUUUAUCAAAAAUACCACGAGUCAUCUUUUUCUGCGAAGCUUUUUCUUAAGACCAUCCUGUUCGAACCGAUCAUGUCGGUGCUGAUGCAUGACGAAAUCAAACUAGAAGUUGAUGCAGAGAAGAUUUUAGCUAUGCAAAAAAUGUCAGAUAGUGUAAAAAUGUUUGGAGCAAAAUCGUCCAUCGAAUUUUCGGAAAAUUUGCAAAAGUACACUUCAGAGAUAGUUGACAAACUGAGUAUUCUAAUAUCCAAGUUUAUUCAAUCUAUGAAGGAAGGCUGGUACAUGUUUCCGUUUCGCACGUUAAUUCAAUCUAUGUAUCACUUUUUAACUGAGGCAAAAAUACCAAACGUUGAUGUUCACAUAAUUUUAACUGACAUGAUUUUCACUAACUUUAUAUGCCCGGCUAUUCUCAGUCCACAUAUGUACGGAAUUAUUGAUGCGCCAAUAUCGGAAAAUACUCGAUUUAAUCUCAUUCAAAUUGGACAAAUUCUACAAUCACUUGCGCUCAUUGAAUUUCAACCAAUAGAUGCAAAACUAGGAGAUUUGAUUGAUAAGUUGGAUAAACAAUGCGUUAAUAAUUUGCUGAAAAACUCUACCAGCAAGAGUACUCAGGAAACUUUGAAAACAUGAUGCAACAUCAAAACAUGGUUGGAAACAAAAUGGUUCUUGCAACACUCGGAGAGUUGAUUAAUUUCAGGGAUUUGUUAAAAUACGGCACAGAAGGAGAACAUUUAAAACUUCCAUCCGAAGAAAUAAGCAAGCUAAAACCCAU